AUGGACGAGAGUACAGAACAUCGUGUGAAGGAGAGCAACGAUAAUGUUGUGAAUGACGACAUUGACGGCAAGGCCCCAAGCAGUGAAGAAGAAGGGGAGGAUGUUUUCGAUUCCUCUGAAGAAGACGACAAUUUAGAUGAUGAUGAAGAUGAAGCCAGAAAGGUGAAAGAAGGAUUCAUUGUUGAUGAUGAGGACGAAGAAGAUGGUACAAUCUCUAGAAAGAGAAGAAAGCAUAAGCGUAGAAAUAGAGAAGAUGAGGAUGAUCGUUUAUCAGAAGAUGAUCUUGAUUUAUUGAUGGAAAAUGCUGGUGUUAAACGUACUACUGAUAGCUCUUCUGGUAAACUUAAGAGAUUAAAGAGAGUCGAAGGUAAAGAGGAUGAAUCUCCGGAAAAUGAGAAAAUUCAACAGAAAACUAGCUCUACGUCUCAAUUAGAUAACAUGUUUGAAGAUAUCGAUGAAGAAACUGCGUCCCAAGGUAGAAGAGGAAGUGAUUCCGAAUUAGAAGAUGAUGAAGAUGACGAAAUUCGUAAUGAUAGAAGAGUUGGGAGAAGUGGUGCUCCAAAAGCCGGUAUUAUGGAUGAAUUGGAUGAUUUUAUUGAAGAAGAUGAAUUCUCUGAUGAAGAUGAAGAGACAAGAGAGAGAAGAUUGGAAGAAAGAAGGUUACAAAAACAACAAAGAAUGAAUGCUCCAACUCAAAUAUCGGGUCUUUCCUCUGAUAAAAUUGAUGAAAUGUAUGAUAUCUUUGGGGAUGGUCACGACUAUGAUUGGGCAUUGGAGAUUGAAAAUGAAGAGAUGAAUGAAAACAAUGUUGUUGGUGGAGAAGAAGGUGACGAAGUUGAUGAGAAUGGUAUCCCUGUACAGACAAAGAAGACUGCCGACCUACAAGAUAUCUAUGAUUUAGAAGAUUUGAAACAAAAUUUACUUACAGAGGAAGACAUGUUGAUAAGGAAGACCGAUCUUCCAGAAAGAUUCCAAGAACUCAGAACAGAUAUUCAAAAUUAUGGUACUUUAUCUGAACAGGAUCAAGAAUUAGAAAAGAAAUGGGUCGCCGACAAGAUUGCCGUAAAUAAAAACUUUGAUGCUCAAUACGAUAUGACUGAAUUUAGAGAAUCUAUUGGUAAUGCAAUUAGAUUUAUUACACAAGAUAAUCUUGAAGUACCAUUCAUAUAUGCUUACCGUCGUAAUUAUAUUUCUUCCAGAGUAAGUGGUGGGUUUGUAUUAAGUGAAGAUGAUUUAUGGGAGAUCAUUACACUGGAUUUGGAAUUCCAGAGUAUCAUCAGUAAGAGAGAUUAUGUCAAGAAAUUUUAUGAAGAACUAAAUAUUCAUGAUAGUGAUAUCGAAGAUUAUUUCCAAGGUCAAAACAGUGCAUCUACCGCUGAAUUGAAUGCUCUUCAAGAUAUUCAUGACUUCUUAGAAUUUAGAUAUUCCCAGGAAAUUAACAAGACCAUAUCAGGUAAUGAAGAACAUUCUGGUAAAAGACAUUUAAAAAAUUCUAGUUACGAAAAGUUCAAGAACAGUCCCUUAUAUCAUGCUGUUAGCGAAAUUGGUAUUACAGCCGAUAAGGUAGGUGAAAAUUUAAGUUCGUUACAUCAAAUCAAUACUCCGGUAGAUCAUCAAUCUUUGAAACCAUACGAAGUUAUUGAAUCCAUUGUUCAGGAAAAUCCAUCUGGAUUACAAAUUUUCUCUACAAAUAUGAACCUGGCUGUAGAGACAGUGAGAAAAUACUACUCAUUGGAGUUAUCUAAGAAUAUCAAGAUUAGAGAAAAGGUUAGAUCUGAUUUUUACAAAUAUUAUUUGAUUGAUGUUGUGUUGACAAAGAAAGGUAAAAACGAAAUCCAAAGAGGAUCUUUAUACGAGGAUAUCAAAUAUGCGAUCAACAGAACACCAUUACAUUUCCGUAGAGAUCCAAAUGUGUUCUUAAGGAUGUUAGAGGCAGAAUCAUUGAAUUUAAUGACCUUAAAGAUCCACAUGUCCUCUCAAGAUCAAUACACAGAUCACUUAUUCCAGAUUGUUUUAGAAACCACGAAUACAUCAGAAUUAGCCACUGAAUGGAACAACUUCCGUAAAUCGGCAUUCAAAGAAGCAAUGAACCAAAUUUUCUUUGAUAUCUCUAGUGAAAUUAAGGAAGGUUUGACUAAGACAUGUCAAAAAUUGGUCGCUCUUACAGUUCGUCACAAGUUUAUGGCUAAGCUUGAUCAAGCUCCUUACAUUCCGAAUAUAAAAGAAUCGAAGAUUCCACGUAUCCUAACAUUAUCAUGUGGUCAAGGUAAGUUUGGGGCCGAUGCUAUUAUUGGUGUCUUUGUUAAUCGUAAAGGUGAGUUUGUAAAGGACUUCAAGAUUGUGGAUAAUCCAUUUGACAGAUCCCGUCCUGAGGCCUUUGAAGACACAUUGGAAAAUAUUAUAUCUACUUGUCAACCUAACGCCAUUGGUAUUAAUGGUCCAAACCCAAAGACUGAAAAAUUCUUCAAAAAGGUUCAGGAUAUUAUUCAAAGAAAACAAGUUGUGGAUAGUAAGGGUAACUUGAUUUCUGUAAUCUAUGUCGAAGAUGAGACCGCUCUGCGUUUCCAAAAUUCUAAGAGAGCACAGGAAGAAUUCUCUAAUAAAGCACCAUUGAUCAAAUAUUGUAUUGGUCUUGCCCGUUAUAUGCAUUCCCCAUUAUUAGAAUAUGCAAAUUUGUUACCCGAAGAAUUGAAAUCUUUAGCAAUCCAUCCACAUCAAUCAUUAUUACCUAAAGAAAUUUUAGCCCACGCUUUAGAAUCUGCAUUUGUUGAUAUUGUCAACUUAGUUGGUGUUGAUGUAAAUAAAGCUACUGAUAACGACUACUAUGCUACUGUACUAAAAUAUGUUUCAGGUUUCGGUAAACGUAAAGCUGCUGAUUUUCUGCAAUCUUUACAUAGAUUGAAUGAACCAUUACUAGCUCGUCAGCAACUAAUUACCCAUAAUAUCUUACACAAGACAAUAUUUAUGAACUCAGCUGGGUUCCUGAAUAUUUCUUGGAAUGAAAAGAGACAAAAAUAUGAGGAUUUGGAGCAUGAUCAACUUGAUAGCACAAGAAUUCAUCCUGAAGAUUAUCAUUUAGCCACAAAAGUUGCUGCAGAUGCGUUGGAAUACGACCCAGAUGCCAUUGCCGAAAAGGAAGACCAAGGUACAAUGAGUGACUUUAUAGAAUACCUAAGAGACGACCCAGAUCGUAGAACAAAAUUAGAGUCUUUGAAUUUGGAGUCAUAUGCCGAAGAAUUGGAGAAGAAGACUGGACAAAGAAAAUCAAAUAAUUUGAGCACAAUCAUAUUGGAAUUGCUUCAUGGUUUCGAAGAACUAAGAAAUGAUUUCCAUCCUUUACAAGGUGAAGAAAUUUUCCAUAGUUUAACGGGUGAAACUGAGAAGACAUUUUACAAAGGUUGUGUCAUUCCUGUUAAAGUUGAAAGAUUUUGGCAUAAUGACAUUAAAUGUAUUACAAAUUCCGGUGUUGAUUGUAUUGUUAAUGCGCAAAGACAUGUAGGUGCCCAAAUUCAAAGAGCUGCUAACGAAAUAUAUGAAAUUGGUAAGACAUAUCCUGCUAAAAUUAUAUUUAUUGACUAUAGUGAGAUAUCUGCUGAGGUGUCUCUAUUGGAAGAAGAUGUCGAACAUGAAUACGUCCCAAUCAGUUAUAGCAAAGAUCCAUCUGUAUGGGACUUACAACAAGAAUUGAAAGAUAACGAAGAAGAAAAGAAAAUAUCGGCAGAAAGAGCUCGUGCUAAAAGAGCACAUCGUGUUAUUAAUCACCCUUACUAUUUCCCAUUCAACAGUAAGCAAGCGGAAGAUUAUUUGAGAUCCAAGAACCGUGGUGAUUUCGUCAUUAGACAAUCAAGUCGGGGUGAUGAUCAUCUUGCUAUUACAUGGAAAUUAGAUAAAGAUCUAUUUGAACAUAUUGAUAUCAAGGAGUUAGAAAAGGAAAAUCCAUUAGCAUUAGGUAAGGUUCUUGUUGUUGAAAAUCAAAGAUAUCAUGAUUUAGAUCAAUUAAUUGUUGAAUAUUUGCAAAAUAAAGUCAGAUUAUUGAAUGAGAUGACUUCAAAUGAGAAAUUCAAGUCCGGUACACCAAAGGAAGUUAUCAAAUUCAUUGAAGAUUACUCUAAGGUUAAUCCUAAGAAAUCAGUGUAUUAUUUUAGUUUCAAUUAUGAACAUCCAGGGUGGUUCUUUAUCAAUUUCAAGAUCAAUGCAAGUGGUAAACUUUAUACAUGGAACGUUAGAUUGACCAACACUGGUUUUUACUUAGUUAACUACAAUUAUCCAAGUGUUGUUCAACUUUGUAACGGUUUCAAGACAUUAUUGAAAUCAAACAGAAAUAGAGCAUAA